AUGUCAUCAUUAAUUCCUGUACAUCGUUUUUCUCGCCAUGAUCCAUUUCAUGAUGUUGUCGAUUUUUUUCAUACAAACCUUGACUGGUAUGAUCCAUUUGAUGAUUUUGAUCAACAACUAACAGUAUUUCCAACAAAUCGUUUACGAUGGUUGAAUGAACCACCAAGACAGCGACCAUCAUAUAAUCGUGGACAAUCAGUGGAAAAAUUUCGUGUGCAAUUGGAUGUUACGAAUUUUGAUCAUAAUUCAAUUCAUACAAAAAUAGACGGACAAAAGUUAAUUGUUACUGGAAAGCAGGAGGAAAAAUCGGGUGAUGAUUAUGUUAAAAAUGAAUUUCGUAAAGCUUAUGAUUUACCCGAACAUGUCGAUACAAAAGAUUUAGUGUCCUAUAUAACACCCAAUGAUAUGUUAGUUAUUGAAAUACCAAUUAAAAAUCCACAACUACAACAAAAUAUGUUAGAAAGUCAAAAACAAUAUCAAAAUAGUGAAAAACACGUUAGUAGUCCGAUUGGUGGACAACUUGUACCCUCAUUUGAUUUUGGAAGCUUUUAUGGUGGUACAUUUGGACCAAAAAUAGUUGAUGAUACAACAUCAAAUACGGGAAAAAAACUUAAUAUGAAUGUAGAUAUGAAAGGUUAUAAACCAGAACAAAUAAAAGUAUCAGUAAAAGAUAAUGAAUUAAUUGUACAAGGUGAACAAGAAUAUGAAAGUAAUAACCGUGCUGGACGUUCAUAUUUUUAUAAACAAGUAACAUUACCACCGGGUGUAAUUACUGAUCGAUUACAAACACAUUUGAUGAAUAAUGGUCAGUUAACAAUCGAAGCUCCAUAUGCUGAACCACGACAACCUCAAGCCAUUGAAUCAGCGAAAAAAACAUGA